GAGGAGCUCCACGUUCGAAUGAGCGACGCCCGUAUUGUAAAUGGCGUCCCACUGUGCCACUUCGCCGUUAAUAAUUGUGGGCAGAAAAGUCAAUGGGUACACGGGGAGUUGGCAGCUGUGCAGAGGUCGGUGAAGGCUAAGAAAAACUCACGAUGUUAUCAGUGAUGCAACAGAUGGACGCUUUCAAGAUGAUCUAAUUAAAUAAAAACGCGGUAAUGACGCAUACGGCGAUUGCUCUAUGGCGCUUUGAGAACUCAGCCAUCCCUGAUGUCUCCCUGAUGCGUGGGUGCCCGCGUCUAUACGCGUGCGUCACGUUGUACAUGUCUACACGUUUCGCUGCUCGUAACGAAGAAUAGAACACCACGUACAAAGCAUGAUAAAACCGAGGGGAGAAGAUAAGAUUACUUACUUUUUUAACGUGACGACUGCCUAUGGUGCGUAACAUAAUGCACAGCCAGUGGAGGCUGUGCUAAAUAUGUCUCUGUCAUACUCAUGAGUACUGACGUAAAGAGACGUGGCACGAGGAAGGUUAUGGGAUAACUGAUUUUGUUCGUUCAAGUUUCUCAUUUACGAAAAAUUAUGGGAAACUUUGUGCGUGAUAUUGUGAUUUGUGUGCUGCUGCUGCUGUCAGUCAGCAUUAUAUUUGGAACUAGUGAGAUCAUCAAGUCAUUAACAAAUAAUGGAGAAGAAAUUCCCAAAACAUCUGUUUACAAUUCCAUCGUUCGACUAUGUUUAAAUUUAUUGGGAUAUGCUACUGUAUUGUUGCCUGGUUACCUCAUAUACAAAUAUGUACGCUAUACAAAGUAUAUUCAGAAAGGUGGAAAAGGCUGCAUUCCCAGAUUGGUGCAUUCGUGCUUUGUGGGACAUUGCGAAACUGGUCUCUUGGACUCGCCUCCAUAUACUCCCAAUACUUCAACUCACACCCAACGCACUUUCACGCAAGAUGCCUUGCUCUUGAUGUAUUGUUUCUUUGGUUUGCAAGGCAGUUAUCUAUCAUGGGGUUAUUUACAGGAGAAAAUUAUGACGCAGGAAUACGAAGACGCUUCUGGCAAUAAGGCACGGUUUCAAGAUUCGCAGUUUCUGGUAUUCGUAAAUCGCAUUCUCGCCUUCCUGAUGUCGGGGAUAUAUUUACUCAUUAAACGCCAGCCGCAGCACAAAACACCGUUGUACAAGUACGCAUUUUGUUCUCUGUCGAACAUCAUGAGCAGCUGGUGCCAAUACGAAGCUCUGAAGUACGUUAGUUUCCCGACACAGGUUCUAGCUAAAGCCUCGAAAAUUAUUCCAGUUAUGAUAAUGGGGAAAAUAGUCUCGCGCACGUCGUACGAGUAUUACGAAUACGUUACCGCGGCUCUCAUCUCCAUUGGAAUGACCUUGUUUAUGUUGGACAGUUCCGAUUAUAAGAAUGAUGGAGCUACCACGCUCACUGGUGUUAUCUUGUUGGGAGGUUACUUAGUGUUAGAUAGCUUCACGAGUACCUGGCAAAGUGCGCUUUUUACGGAGUACGGCGCGACGAGCGUGCAGAUGAUGUGCGCGGUUAACAUGUUCUCCUGUCUGCUGACUGCGAUGUCUCUGUUCCAACAAUCGAGCUUUCCGCUGAUAUUCGCCUUUAUGACAAUGUAUCCUAGAUUCAUAGUCGAUUGCUUGCUGAUCUCGAUCUGCUCGGCAGGCGGUCAGCUGUACAUCUUUUACACUAUUUCCAAAUUCGGACCGGUCACGUUGGUCAUUAUAAUGACCAUUCGCCAGGGCUUGGCAAUAUUGCUGUCGUGCUUGAUUUACCAUCAUGAGAUCACCGUUAUCGGCGUAUUCGGUGUAUUGUUGGUGUUCGGCUCUGUGUUCUUACGGAUUUACUGCACGAAUCGGCUGCGCGCGAUCAGAAGGCGCAGGGCCGCGGCGAACAGUAUAAAACAUUAAGGGUUAUCCCAUUUAGGCGAGAAAUUGCUCCUGUAACUGUCAAUAGAGGUAGAAUUCUAUCGUUCGUUCGUCGUGAUUGCCAUUAGGCUAGAUUCGUAAUAUCAUUGUAAUUAGACACACCUUCAUUACAAACAUAGAGAGACAGAAUUCCGCUUCUAUAUAAGUAGUUAACUUACUCAUAAUCUGACUUCACACACACAUAUAUAUAUAUAUAUAUAUCGCGACCGUAUUCCUAAUAAUUUUAACAGGUUGGUCGUGUCGACUCUCGGAGAAAUAAUUAUUACGAAAGAUUUGUAACUAUAACGUAUGCCGUGUGUGUACUCGCAAUGUAUCUUGAGAGUGCUAAGCACUCUCGCGACGUGUGUGCGUGUAGUCUUAAGAGAAAGAGUCGUAUUAAAACGCGUGUCUCAUCAACACAAUGAGUGUGCUACGCCAUUGUAUUAUUUAUUUGAAAAAUAUUUAUUUUGAUAUAAAUGUGUAUACAAACAAACAACGUGUGCGCAUAUUUUUCUUCAUCGAAGGCAAGUACAACACAGGGGGCAUAGACACAUAGCGCAUAUUGUUAGCCUCCCUUUCGGGGAUUCAUGCGAGUUUCAGCUGCUUAAAUGUGAAGAUACACGUAAGUGGCAGUGUUGACGAUGUCGAUCAGACAAGUUACGCGAGAGAUUAACACGAGAGAGAUGAAUAAUGAUUCUUCCAUUUCUUUUUCUUUAUUCUCCAAACGAAAUGAGAUGGCAUACCGGGUAUGGUAAAUUACUCCUAUUAAGAACUGUCGCCCUGCUAGAGAGUCAUUUUACACUUGAGUAUAAAAUUUAGAUCGCAAAAUAUCUAUCAUUCAUCUAAUUCAGUCUACGGAAUGUGGAUGGUGUAUGUACAGUGCUUGUUGGAUGCUCGAGAAUGUAUAUGAGGUGUUUUGUACAAUUUUUGAAAUUCGUAAUUGUAUACACACAGAGAGUACAUUUCGUGGAAGAUACACAAAAAUAUGUUUCUCAGCAUCUCUUUCUAAUACCCAGUCUUUACUUUUGGAUUUUUAGUGCAAAAAAUACGCCUGCGAAAUCCUAUUUCGGCGUGUACAUGUGUAUUAUUAUAUAUAGAACGUUGAGUUUAUCUCGAAAGAUAUAGGAAAUAUAUUACAUGGUAUAUUCCAAUAUGAUGAUAUGAUAUUCUGACAAAACUAUCUUUCAGACUUAGAGGCACGGUAACAAAAAUUACAAGGGGGCGAGAAAUGUUCUCUACCACUACUUGAUGAAAAUAAAAAGACAAUGAGGAUCUUAGCCCGGUGCGUGACAAAAACCGAUAACAUACUCGGAAUGGACUCUUGUUAAGCAUGAUAAGUGUGAAGGUAGAGGUAGUGUGAUUUCCCUGUCGUCGAAAGGUGUAUCAA